AUUAAUUGAGCUCCACAACCAAUGAAACGCUCUCGACCUGCGCGCCUCUAGCCGCGCAUGACCCCCACCCCACGGAGUGACGCGUCUUGCAGCUGAGAGGUGGCCGCGGUGGCGGUGGAGCUCGGCGGGGAGGAGAGCCGGAGGAGAUGCGCAGAUCUGCAGGUCUCUAGCGCGGUCGUAAAACAAGCGCGAGACCCGGAGCCAUGCCCGGUGUGACCAAGUACAAUUUAGUGGAUGACGCUCUCGAUCUGAGGGUCCCCAUGCACAACGAGGAGGUCUUUAAUCAUGGGGUCUGUUUCGAGGCAAAGUACAUAGGCAGCUUGGAGGUGGGUCGCCCAGGCAGCCGCAUGGAGAUAGUCGCAGCAAUGAGGAGAAUCAGAUAUGAGUUCAAGCUGAAGAACAUAAAGAAAAAGAAGGUGAACAUCCUUGUAUCCACUGACUAUGUCAAAGUGAUCCUGCGGAAAAAGAAGAAGAGAAAGGGCUGGUCAUGGGACGAGAGCUCCAUGUUGCUGACACAGGACCCCAUAUACAGGAUCUUCUACGUCUCGCACGAUGCCCAAGACCUGAAGAUAUUCAGUUAUAUUGCCAGAGACGGAGAGAGCAACGUUUUUCGCUGCAAUGUCUUUAAAUCUAAACGGAAGUCUCAAGCCAUGAGAAUCGUGCGCACCGUGGGUCAGGCGUUUGACGUGUGUCACCAGCUGACCCUGCAGCAGAAAAGCGGGGAUCAGGAGGAUGAUGAGGGGAAAGCGGAGGAGCUGGAGGCAGCACCAGUGAAGGAGAGGUCGCCGUUGUCAGAGGAGACAGACCUUGAAGCCACCACAGAGGAGAGCAUUGAGUGCGUCUCUUCAUCAGACCUGGAGAAGAACAAAAAGGAAGAGACCGUGGGUGCAGAUGCGAAGCAGGUGUCUGAGGAUUCCCCUCUUCUGCUGAGCUCUCCCAUCAUGGAAGCUUCAGCAGCAGCCCAGGCACCGGCGGAGGCGUCCUGUUCUGCAGAGCAUCAAGUCCAGUUUCUUCAGAAACAGUUGCAGCUGCAGGCACAACAAGCCCUGGCAGCUUCAGCACAGGUUCACGUCCUCCAGGAGCAGCUGUCGGUGGAGAUGUGUGCACGCACCGAAGCCCAGGCCAGAGUCCAGAGGCUGCUGCAGCAGAACACAGACCUUCUGCAACACAUUUCCCUGCUGGUCAAACAGAUCCAGGAGCUUGAACUCAAAUCUACAGGACAACUAACAUCUAUGGGUUCCCAGGACAGUCUAUUGGAGAUCACUUUCCGUGCCAAGCCUCCCAGUGCACCCAGUGCAUCAAUGACCCGCUCCUCGUCUGCAGGCCCAUUGGCGGCUCCCUCCCAGCUCCAGAUCAGUGAUGGAGCCUGGUUCUCUGCUUUAUCCGGGCCCUGCUCUCCAAACACCGCCGGCACCGACUCCAUUCCUCUGGGACCGAGUGGCAGCGGAGUCCGACUCGAGUGCUUUCGUUUCUCCAACCUGGUUUCAGACAGCCUAGCCGGGGGACAGGACACAGGAGAGACCCCCAGUGAUGAGAGCUCACUGCUGGGAGAGCAGGUCCUGGGGGCUCUGGAGCUGCUUCGUUUCAGGGAGUCGGGGAUCGGGUCGGAGUACGAAUCGAACACAGAUGAAAGCGAUGAUCGUGACAGCUGGGGGCAGGGAGAAGGAGCGGGGGCAGAUGGUUCUGCACGACUCCUAAAUGUGUUGAAUACAGAAAGCUUGCCAGAUUGCUUAGGGGAUGAGAUGGCGGUUUAGUUGUGUUCUGAUGUCAGUUCGAGGCAAACUAAACAUAUGCACCUCCUCAGCGCAGAAACUGAAACUAUGAAGAAGAACCCAUCUGCAUUCUCAGUCAUCUGCAGCUAUAAGGUAACUAUUUAGGCAGAUAUAUGUUUUCUCCAGUUGACUUAUUUCUGUA